AUGAGCGAAACCACCCCCCAAGACCGCUGCGCCGCCGCCUCCAGCCACACUGCCACCAAAUACACAUCCCUCCGCACCACCGCCCUCUCCUUCAUAAACGCACAAUCCCACAACCCCUCCCUGCCGUCGAAAAUGGACUUCGAGUCCCUCCGGCAGCUCACCACGCCGUCUUACACACACAGCUUCGGCCCGGCGUACUCGGUCUCGCGGGCUCCGAAACUGCAGGGGAGUUUCACGAUUGAGAGCUUUAUCGAGCAUUUGGGGGGCAUGAUACCGAAUCUCGAGUCCUGGGAUGUCGAGGUUAAAGGGUGUGUGGUUGAUGAGGUUGGGGAGAGUGUGGUGGUGCGGGCGGGUUAUGGGAUUCAGGUCAAAGGCGCCGAGGAGAAGAUCGAGAAUGAUGUUGUGUGGUGGUUGGAGUUGGAGGAGGGGGCAAAGGGGGGUGAAGCUGGGGAGGGUGAGGGGGGUGGCGGAUGGAAAGUGAGGAAGAGUACGGAGAUGGUGGAUGCUGGGGCUGCGGGGAGGAUUAUGGAGGAGGUGAUGAGGCAAACAGGAGGGGGGAGGAAGGAUCCGGCAGCAGUGGCAGAGUAG